AUGCCUUCUGCUAAAGGGAAACCAACUGAUCCCAAGCUCAAGAAGGACAUCACUGAAAGUAAAGAACUUUCUUUUCCUUUCCCCCCUCGUGAUCCCAAGACCGCUUUAAAAUCUCCCUUGACUUUGAUUGUGUCCGAUCCGUUCUUAACAUCUACCAAAACAGAAGUAAAGCAAGAAACAAAUAAAGAUGGUAGUGGUAAAGGAAAGAUGGCUGCAUGGAAGGCCAAGAAGAUCGGUCAAGAAUAUGAAGCUGAAGGAGGUGAUUACGAAAAUGAACCCGGAUCUAAAGACAAACCCACGAAAGGAGCACCUGAGAAGAAAUCCGAGGAGGAGAAAGCUGCUGAAUUGAAAGAGUCCGCGAAGGAGAAGAACGGUCAUGGCAAGGAGACCGCUGAUGGAAAAGUAAAUGGAUCGGACGACAAGACAGAAGACCAACAAGUCGAGAAGAAGGCACCCGUUCAAAAGAAACAAGCUGCACCAAAGAAGGAAAAGAAGGUACAAAGACAAGGAACGCGAAGUAGCGCUCGACAACAAGAAAAGUUAGAUCCAAAGCCCCCAGCAGAAAAGAGAAAAAACGUUAGUGAUGAGGCAGCGGAUGAGGAUGAUGAAGGGUCUGAAGAAGAAGAGAAGCCUGCGGCAAAGAAAUCCAAAAAUAAGGAACCAACGUCAGAAGAGCCAAAGUCGGAGGAACCAAACGAAGAGGAAGACAAAAAGGAACAAGCAAAACCAGAGCCAGAGGAGAAAAAGGCGGAGCCCAAGAAACGUGGUAGAAAGGCCAAAAAGUGA